AUGGUUGGAGAAGAAGCAGAAAAUCCAAAUUUAUGUGUACCCCUGUACAGAGCUGCACUAAAAAAUGACUGGAAAGCGGCAAAAAAGAUCAUAGAUAAAGAGCCGUCUAUAGUGCGUGCCAAUAUCGCACAGGGAUCGUAUACUGCACUUCAUGUUGCAGCCGGAGCGGGACAUGUUCGCUUUGUGGAGAAGUUGAUGGGUAUGGCGUUAACUGAUUUGAGACUGUUAGACGAAAGAGGAAAUACUGCUUUUUGUGUAGCUGCUGCCGUUGGAAACGUUAAAAUUGCUAAAAUUAUGAUGCGAAGGGAUCCAGGGCUGCCAAGACAACGGGGUUUUGAAGGACAUACGCCACUCUAUAUUGCUGCUUUGUUUGGACAUCAAAAGAUGGUGUCGUAUCUAUAUUCUGAACCCACAUAUAGAGAUUCACAAGAAGAUCUGCCCAGGUUAUUUUUCACAAGCAUAGAUAAUGGUCUCUACGAUUUUUUUGGACAUAAAAAUCCAGAACAAGCUUUAGUCAAACAACUCUGGCUUGAAGUUGCAAGAGAAGGAAAGGCAACGCUAAUUGAUGUACUAACAAGUCCUUCGCAUCUAUUGUUUGACGCAAUGGAAAUAGGAAAUUGCGAGUUUGUAGCUCAGCUUAUUUACGAGUGUCCUGGUCUGGUAUGGGAAAGAAAUAGCAAAGGAUGGACCAUAAUACAUGCAGCAGUUUGGCAUCGUCAUGAGACUAUCUUUAGUUUAAUAUAUGAGGUAGGCAUUGUCAAGAAUGUGAUAGCUACCUUUAGAGACAAGGAAGAUGGGAGCACUUUACUUCAUUUAGCUGCAAGAUCAGCUCCGGAGGUGAAAAAGAUUGUUCAACCUUCUUAUAUACAGAUGAAAAAUUCAAAAGGCGAAACACCUCAAGAAUUAUUUACUUCUGAACAUGCAAUGUUGUUAAAAGAUGGACAGACAUGGAUGAACGGGACAGCACAAUCAUGUACAAUCGUAUCAACCCUCAUCGCUAGUGCUUUAUUUGCGGCAGAAGUUACUGUUAUUAUGGGAAAUCAUCCAGUUAAAACGGCCCCGUUUCGAAUUUUCAUCAUUUCAGAUGCAAUAGCAUUUUUGUUGGCCUUAGCUGCAACGUUAACGUUCUCGGCCAUCCUCACCUCACGCUAUGCUGAAAGAGAUUUUCUUAGUGCCUUAUCAUGGCGGUUGAAAAUGGGACUCGCAUUGCUCUUCUUUUCUAUUACAGCCAUGAUGAUUACAUUUAGCUCGGCUUUUUUUAUUGCUUACUGUGGUAAGGACGUCUUCUCUAUUCUCGUAACUGGAUGUGCAGGUGUGCCAGUGCUUUUAUAUGUUUUCCUGCAGUUUCCCCUUCUCAAGGACAUAUUUGCAUCCACGUUCUCUUCCACGUCUAUAUUUAAACAAAGUGAACCCGUGCUACUUUAA